CUACACUACUCAGCAUAAGCUAUACCGAGACAUCCGGUAGCUUUAAAAACAGGCGUAAAAAGUUUUCCAGACGACAGGGAAACGGGAAGACAUUACCUAAUACAUUUUCUACAGGUAGAGACCACAAAAAGGAAGGAAAGAAGUUUGCUAAGAAAACAGGAAAAACAAGGACAGGAUCUGGAUUUUCGUAAACGAAGAGAAGGAACACAGAAGACCAGAGCAACAGAAGAACAAGAAAGUACAGAAAAGGAUGAAGAAGAUUCAUAAGAAAGAGCCCGGUUUUUUGAUUAUCACACACAGAAAACCAAAGCAGCAGAAUAGGACAAAAACAACUCCUACGAAAGGCGCAAACAAGGACGACGGGGCUCCAGCUCGGACCACAUUAGAUAGACGCUUAUUGCUCCAGUUACACUGUGUGGAUAAGCCGUCCCAACUCUACUCCGUCGACAUCAGUGAAAAAAAUCUGACUUCUGUAAAGCCAGAAGAGCUGAAGGCCUUUGUAAAUGUAGCCCACGUCAAUGCAGCUGAAAACUUCCUCUCUUUAGGGUCAUUCAGUGGCUUCCGGUCUUUGAGAGAACUUGAUCUGACGUUCAAUAACAUCAAAAACAUGGAUUUCGAUGUUGCUGACUUCCCUCAUUUAGAGGUCUUAAAUUUGUCCUUCAACACCUUACCAGCAGAAGUUUUACACAAGUUCGGUCAGUUUCCACGUCUUAAAGCUCUUAAUCUGACCAGAAAUCAGCUCAAGAGUCUUCCUCUCAAUUUUGGUCCCUCACACAGCAUGCUGUCUGAAAAGGGAGCCAAACAGUUUGAGGCUCUUGAAGUCCUGAUGCUUAACUACAACAGUCUGACCUCUAGUGUCUUCUACAGCCUUACGCACCUGAAGAGGCUGAAGCAUCUGAACCUAGAGGGAAACCGCAUCACAGAAAUACCUUGCAAGGAAGUGAAGGAGAGUUCAAAACCCGCUUUGAGGGAAGGUAGAGAGGAAGACAUCGAGUCUAAAAUCGACCACCACAUUGAGAUCAUGGAGAUCCUUCACGCGCUCAGGGAGGACGACUGCCGGCGUUCCAGUCUGCUGCUGCCUGAGCUCCAGUGCCUCAAUCUGGCCAACAACCAGAUCGCCUCAGAGGAAGCUGUGGUUGCUGCCGCUCUUUUCCCAAAGCUCUGUGAAUUAGACAUCCACUGCAAUCCUCUAACCACAAAGAGGAGAGGAGAAACGGCUUUACUGACUUAUUUCCUUCAAGACAGGCUUGGAAUAAAGAUAAAGAGAGAGGAGGAUGAAGGUUUUCUGCAACUUUCCCUGAAGAAGCCGUCAAAGAUGCCAUUUAAGUCGGAUUCAACGUGUGUGAGACGCUUUCAGGACAACAAAGAACCAAAAAGUGAUCCGAGAACAACGCGACCCGAGGACAAGAAUAAAAGCAAAAGUGGGGAAAACGCAAAGCUCUUCUUCAUUACUCAGACAGAAGAUGAAGCUGAGCUUCAGCUGGUUUCUUCAUCGAAUCAGAAGGAAUCUGCACAAAACAGAGCCGGUCCGGGACGACCCGUACGCUACGACAUGAUAAUGGAUGUAAAGCCACUUCCCUACAUCGGAAUUCAAACAGCUGUUCAGAUGCUGGAUCACACACUGAGGACUCUGAACGUCUACAGAGACUCCAAACCCAGGCUUGAUAGCAUCCAGACGCCGUACAGCGAAAUGAAGAAGAGGAUAGAGGAGCUGCCACCUCUGAGACCAGCAAAGCAGCCGAUCCAAAGGGUUGAGGAGUUGAUCAAGGAAAUAAAAGACAGUAGAGCAGCAAAAGUGGUUUCCUUAGGCAGUGUUAUGCACGACAGAGCAGCAAACAGUAAGGACUACAAGGAAGCCCUAUGUCUGCUGAGGGACUUGAAGGAAACGCACAGGAUGAUGCAUGACAAAACAAUGGAACAAGAAGCCAGGUUGCAGUGUCAACAUCCACAUUAAUACAUGCUUUGCUUAUGCAGACCCUUUUUUAUUAUUAUUAUUAUUAUUUUCGACCGGAUCUGGACCCCGAUACUGUGACUGAGUGGAGCGCAGUAAAAUCAAAGACAACAAGACA